UCCAUAAACACAAGCCACUAUAGGUGUCCAGCGUAGAUUAAGUUCUGAUUAUUGAACCGUUUAACUGACCACGAUAUUAGAGGAAUUUAGUUAACAUUAGAUUAUCGAGACUGGAAAAAACUGACAAAAAAUGGCGAACACAAAGGCAAUCGUUGAAGGUAAAAUCGCUGGGAAGAAAGUGAUGGUGUUUUCAAAAUCGUAUUGUCCAUACUGCAAGCUUGGAAAGAAAACAAUCGAGGCUUACUUGGGAAAGGAGUUAAAUUCAGAUGAUUAUGAAGUAUGGGAGAUUGAAAAUGAAAGUAAUUGUGGAGAAAUACAGAGUGUACUUGGUAGCAUUACUGGAGGCCAAACUGUGCCCCGGAUUUUCAUUAACGGCAAAUUUGUUGGCGGCGGAUCAGAGGUUCAAGCUUUGGAUCAAAGUGGGGAACUACGAAAACUGUUGUCAUAGUAACAGAUGGGCAACGUGCAAAGUCAAGGGGAGAAACAGAAAUAAUAGAACUUUCGAAAAUGAACUGUUAAAAGUGUGUAAUUGUAGUUAGAUAAAUGUAUUUAUAUGUACGUAUGUGUUAAACACUAUUAUAAUUGCAAUUGUCAUUUUUAUUUAGUUACUUUAUCAUUUAUUUGUUCCAAAAUGUUAUCUCUUGAUUAUGUUUUAUUUCAUUUCAUUAUUUCAUAUAAAUUAAAAUGAUGCAGUAUA